GAAUAAAUCAUAAUUGCAAAGCCCCCCUAAAACCCUAGUCUCAACGCAACACGCUUUUUGAACUCAAGAUCUAUAAAUAUCGAACAAUACCGAUUUCAGAUUUUGAAGCAUUUAUAAUUUAGCGAUACCGCAACUCAUCGUCAAGGGCAAAAGCUCAGAGGAGUACGAGUGGUUCAGGAGGUAUUCCUGUCAAACAACUUCAAGAGAACUUGGCCGUUUACAUAUGAUGAUUACAAUUCUGUACUCUGAAAUUGGCUACUUGUAAGAGUUUUGAGGUAUUAGACUUGGACACUCAAGCUCAAAGAAGAAAUCUGAACUCGCUCAUCGAUAAAAAUGGAACAAUCUGUCAAGGGACUUAACAAAGGGCCUGGUGGGAGGCGCUUUGUGUUCAAGAGCUUUGCUCAGCGCCUUGAAGAGGUCGAUGUCGAUGUAUUUCGAAGUCUAGAGCCUGUGAAGUUCGAGCCAACUCAGGGAUCAUCAUUUUUCCAUGAAAACCUUGUCCGAUGGCGGGAACUGAAUAGUGCAGCAGAUUUUAUCUCUCUUUACGAGGAAUUAAUGCCAGUGGUACAGACAUUACCUCAACUUUUGCUUCACAAGGAAAUGAUUCUAGCAAAACUUCUUUCUCGGGUUCAUAUGCAGGCGAGGCUGUCCCUUGAACCUAUCCUCAGUUUGAUUGCAAUUCUUUCAAGGGAUUUGCGAGCGGAAUUUAUGCCUUUUCUAUCUCAAAUCAUAGAAUCAUUCGUAAGCCUUCUUAGAUCUGGUGGAGACAGAGAUCCUGAAAUAAUUGAACAGGUUUUCACAUCUAUAUCAUAUGUCAUGAAGUACAUGCAAAAGCUUCUCGUGAAGGAUGUUUCCCAUGUGAUUAACAUAACAAAACAGCUGCGGUGCUACCACCGAGAAUAUGUCCAGGAGUUCACUGCAGAGGCAGUGUCAUUUUUGCUGCGAAAUUCAUCGGUUAAGCAGCUUAUUAAAGGUAUUCAGAAAGUCAUAGGGGAAGUUGCUAUCAAGCCUUCAAAGGAGAAAACAACAGGAUGUAGUGCGUUGCUGUGGCACACAUUGAAGGGUCCAGCUUCAAGGUUUCAUUCCAGAGCUGAGCAAGUUCUUCGCCUUCUCUUGGAUAAAUUGACUUACUCUAAAGCAAUCAAGAAAGGCCAUGGUGUCAAUAUGAUUAUAGAGGUGGUGAUGGGAACUUUUCAACGAUUGUGUGGGGAGCUUAACCGUGAAGAUUUGAGAUUGCUUUGGGAUUGUUUGCUUGAAGAGACAUCUUGCUUGCUACAUAACUCCUGUGUUGAAGGUGUAAAUGAUGUAGAUCCAGAGUCUUUGCAUCAUCUCCCAACAAAGGAACCUCUAGCAGAUACAAUAAUGGAAGAACAGGACAAUGUGUCUUCUAGACAUGCACUAAUGGGCGUGGGAGACAUCAAAAAGAAAGAAGACUUUAUACAUCUUAGUCGUGUCCUAUCAUUACUUAAUGUGAUACUUGAAUUUCAGAAUGGAAGCAAAGUUAAUGAUUAUAAGCAGUUGUUUGCACUUGCUGGUGAACUAGUCAAGUUAUUGAUUAGCUCGCUAUGGACACCAAUAUCAAGGGAGGAUUCUAUUCAAUCAGUUGCCUCAGAGACAUGUAGGUUUUUGCUUGCUCUUGUGCAUAAUCAUGCACGUGUCGGUGGUGUAAGUGUAGGUCCAAUAGCCAUAAUAAAUGUAUCUGUACAAUGGGCUCCUGUGUUUCAAGGGAAAGAUGACUGGCUAUUGCCUUUUAUAAGAGGUUUGCUUGAUGAAGAUUUAAGUGUGAUGUAUCCUUUCAGCCCUUAUAUUAUCAGUGCCUUGGAUAAUUACAUUGAAGCAUCGCCUGCGGAUGUCAUUUCUUUACUGGUGAAAUAUGUUGAUAAAAUACAAACAAAUCCCCAGUAUUUGUCUAAUCUUGGUGGAAAAGAUGGAAAAAUUACAAGAAAUAUCUGUUCAUUUCUGAUACGAGUCAUUGAGACUGCAGCAGAAAAAAUGAAUGCCAGAAAGGUUGAUAAAGAGGAUCUGGACCUUAAUUCUUUAUUGCCAGAAGCACCUAAUACCUGGGGAGCACUUAAGUGCUAUCCGUACUUCUUUUCUUCAGAGGACAAUGCAUCAUUACUGUGGGAAUAUGCUUUGGCUAUAGACAAGUUUUUGAUAGCUGAAACAGAAAAUGUCAAAGAUCAUUCAAGGAAACUGUGGGAGUCUAUGAUAGGAUCUACGUUAAGAUCUCACUUGAAGUUACUGAGAGCUAACACUCCCAUUCUGUCAAAGCACAUGUGUGACUACAUAAACUUUGCAAGACGUUACAGGUUAUCACCUCAUGUUUUAAGUGCAGUAGCUGACUUCUUGGAUGCUGUUCUUGGGUCAACAGAAUGCAUCAAUAACAAAGAUAAGAAAUACCAUUUAGAGCUUAGAAUUGAUAAAACUGCAAAUGCUUUGAUUCUAUUCACUGGUAAUUUGGGAAUGCCAGACAAGAACUUGAGGCUUUCAACUUUAAGACUUUUAAGCCACUAUGAACCAUUUUGUGUCCCAAAAUCUGAGAUUGUAGAAAGACCAGACAAGCGAAGGAAGAUUGAAGGAGUUAAAACCAAUGAUGAGGCUUCCGAUUCUUGCAGCAAUGUUAUCCAGCAGAUUCUUUCCAUUGAAACAACCCCUAUGUCCCUUGUUACAAGCAGGCAGGCAACAGUUCUUAUCUCAAAAAUUCAGAUUGAUCUCUGUGCAGGAAGGAUCCCAGAUUUAUAUAUUAGUAUUCUAUUCCAUGGUCUGAUUGGUGUACUUCAUAAUCGGUUUGGACUUUUGUGGGACCCUGUAGUAGAAUGCAUUGUGGUUCUGUUAGAGAGGCAUCAAAAACUCAUAUGGGAUGAUUUUGUGCAUUAUCUCGGAAGAAGCCAAGCAUUGUUCCUUGCAUUGCCUGAGGGUGAACUGAAUCUCAAGUCUAAUGUUUUUGGGGGAUUAAAAGAUUUGGAUGAUCAGUUUAGACAUUUCAUACAUCAUGGUUCAGAAUGCACUGCUGUGGAUAUGGUUGUGAGUCUAUUGAUGCACGUUGCUCAAAAAGUACCAAAGCUGGCAGAGACGAGGUCUCGCCAAAUUAUACCUCUGUUUUUAUCAUUCCUUGGUUACUUUAACCAGGAUAUUGCAAGUGUUAAUGAUUAUGAUGAGAAUAAAUGUAAGGGCAAACAGUGGAAAAACAUUCUCAAAGAAUGGCUGAUUUUGAUCCAGAAAAUGAGAAAUUCAAAGUCAUUCUUUAAAGGUCAUUUUCUGAAGGAAAUUUUGAUCAAUAGGCUUUUAGAGCAAAAUGAUCCUGAUGUGCAGCUUAAAGUCCUUCAGUGCCUUAUGAACUGGAAGGAUGGUUUUCUUCUUCCUUAUGAAGAACAUCUGAAGAAUUUAAUUUCUUUGAAGGAAGCACGGGAAGAAGUAACCACAUGGAGCCUAUCUAAAGAAAGGCAACAAAUUCAGGAUUGUCAUAGGGGAGAAUUGAUCCCCAUAGUUAUACGGUUGUUAAUAUCAAAAGUCAAAAAGAUCAAGGCAAUCUCUUCAAAGAAGUCUGCAGGUGCUCUUCAAAGGAAGGCAGUUCUUUGUUUUUUAGCAAAUCUUGAAGUGAACGAGUUGGCAUUAUUUUUCAGUUUGCUUGUGAAGUCUUUCCAGAGUGCAUUCAUGAAAGAGCAUGUUUCAAUCUAUGGCUCAAAAUAUUCUUGGGAAGUUGCUAUUGAGCAAGGUGCAACAUGGGAUUUUGUUCAAUGGAUCAGCACAGAAAGUGUAGCUUCUAUUCCAUAUAAAAAUAAGUCAGGGUUUUUGCACGUAGUAAAGGAUGUUUUAGAGACAUUCAGUGAAGAACAGGUUACCCCAUACCUUGUUCCGUUGUUAGCAUUAAUUCUUCAUAUAUUGCAAUCCUGUGCACAAAGUCUUGAACAUCAGAAAGAAAGCACCUUCGGUUGCAAUAUUGAACAAGGUAGUGAGGCUUUUGCUGAAUCUAAGAUGACUGAUGUGAUAAUGUUGGAUGAUGCACAUAAUACACAUGCAACUCGGGAAGCAAAUCAACUUAGUGUUGUGGUUUCAGAUGAUACAUUGGGGAAGCUGGAUGCUACAUCAGUGUUAUCAACUUCAGCUUCUAGUGAGACCCAAAUUACAAGUGUCAUGGCUUCUGAAGGGAAAAAAGUGAAACCGUCAUCAUCUCUUUUUGAUAUGAAAGACUUGAGAUCUUUGUGUCUCAAGGUCAUUGCUAUUAUGCUUAAUAAGUAUGAUUCAUUCGAUUUUGGUUCAGUAUUUUGGGAUAUAUUUUUUACAGCAAUCAAGCCCUUGGUUGAUAAAUUUAGGCAAGAAAGUGGCAGCAGUGAAACACCCAGCUCAUUGUUUACUUGUUUUCUGGCAAUGAGUGAAAGCCGAAAGCUAGCUUCAUUUCUUCAGAGAGAAAAAAUGCUUGUUCCUAAUAUUCUGGCAAUCCUGUCUGUUAAAGGUGUGUCAGAGUCCAUGAUAUCAGCUGUUCUGACUUUUGUUGAGAAUCUUCUGGAUUUGGAUGAUAUAAAUAAUGAAGAUCAAGAUAAGGCCUUGCUAGAAGAAAUUCUUUUGCCUCACCUUGAUAUUCUUUUCACAAGUAUGCAGAAUCUCAUACAGCUUCGACAUAAGAAGAGAAGCAGGAAAAACACCACUGGUCUUGGUAAGAGAGUGCUCAGAUUAUUUCAAUCAUUGGGAAAAUAUGUGACAAAUUCGGAAGCAGUGAAUCAAUUCAUUGAUGGUUUAUUACCAUUCCUUGAUGUCAAGAAAGAUAGAAACGAUGAGCAUUAUAUCGAAAUACUUUCUGUUGUGAAAGCGGUUUUGCCAGCACUGGAAGAUGGAAUUUCCCUUAAAAUGCUUAAUACCUUCAGUUCAUUGCUUACUUCGGCUACAUUGGAUGUUCGAUUGGCCAUUUGUGAUAUUCUCAGAAGGCUGGCAGAAAAGGAUUCUUCCUUGGCCUUCGUGGCAGAAUUGGUAUGGGAAUUAAAUGCAAUGUCACCAGAUAUGAUUGGAGAAUAUGAUUGUGAUAAAAGGCUAUUUGCAUAUGAGAAAAUAGCCUCUAAAAAAUUUACCCAUAUUGGCGAGCCAUGCGCCUUGCUUAUUCUCUCACAUUGUGUGUAUGAUUUGUCUUCACAAGAGCUUUCUCUCAGGGAUAGUGCCUCUGCAUGUCUUCUUUCUUUUAUUGAGUUUUCUGGUACAGUUUUGGGAAGUAAAGAGGAUGUGCAGCAGAAUGAGAACCAAGACGACCAAAGUGAUAAGAAAAACAACCAUGGAAAGGAUGGGUCAGGAACUAUUAUUCCUUGCAUGAUAGAGAACAAGAACAACUGGAGUAAAAUAUCUGUUAAACGUGUAAUCUAUAGAUUUUUUCUCUUACAUUUAAGGAAUUCUAUGACAACUUCAGAGACAGCCAUCCAAAGGGAAUGGAUGGUUAUACUGCGUGCAAUGGUGACCAACUUAUCUGAUAUUACAACUCUGAAUGAAUUGAAGCCUCUUUCCAGCACAGAUUUAGAAGUUGACUUCUUCAGUAACAUUCUUCACAUUCAGAAGCACAGGAGAGCAAAAGCAAUGACACGUCUUAGGAAUCUCGUGGAUGCUAGAAAUCUAUCUGAGGAAAUUCUCAUGCAAAUAUUUGUGCCUCUUCUUUUCAAUAUGUUGCUUGAAUCCAAAAGUGACAAGGAGGGACAUGUCAUUAGCUCUUGCAUAGAAACUCUUGCAUGUAUUUCUGGUCGGAUAAGAUGGGAGUCUUACUUCAGCCUGUUGAUGAGAUCCUUUCGUCUCAUGGCUUCCAAGCAUGAAACUAACAAGAGACUUGUACGGCUGAUUUGCUCUUUAUUGGACAGCUUUUGUUUUGUUGAGAGAAAUUCAUCAUAUAUAGAUUUAGACAAGCAGGAUCACCAAACUGAGCACAAAGAAAUAGUUAGGGAUGAGAGAAUAAUGGAUUUAAGUAAUAGCUGUGAUAAAGACAUUGUUAUUUCUCCUCAGAUACAGGAACGCUUACAAAAGAGCAUCCUUCCUGAAAUGAAUAAAAUCAUGAUUUCUAACUCAGAUGUUGUAAAUGUUUCAGUUAGCCUUGCUGCAGUGAAAUUGUUGAAACUUAUGCCAAAGGGUACAAUGGAAUCAGAGCUCCCUCGCAUUAUACAGCAGAUUGCUAAUUUGCUGAAGAGUCGUGCUGAUUCUGUAAGAGAUGAAGCAAGGACUGCCCUAGCUGCAUGUGCCAAGGAAUUAGGGCCACAGUAUUUACAAUUGAUUAUUAAAGCACUACGGACAACAUUGAAAAGGGGAUAUGAAUUGCAUGUGCUAGGGUAUACAAUGAAUUUUAUACUGUCAAAAUUUCAAUCAUCCUUGGAUAUUGGAGACAUUGAUUAUUGUUUGCAGGGUCUUUUAGAAAUUGCAGAAAAUGAUAUUAUGGGUGAAGUUGCUCAAGAAAAGGAAGUUGAGAAAAUUGCUUCCAAAAUGAAAGAGACAAAGAAUAGCAAGUCUUAUGAGAGUUUGCAACUGAUUUCUCAGAAUAUUACGUUCCAUAGACGUGCUAGUGCACUGCUUAAACCUGUUGAGCACAAUCUUCAUAAAACACUCGCACCCAAAGAAAAAGUUAAAGUUGAGUCGAUGCUUCGGUAUAUAGCUGCUGGCCUUCAGUCUAAUAUAUCCUUAGGUCCACAAGAUUUGCUUGUUUUUGUAUAUGGUUUGGUUGAGGAUGGUUUGCAGGAUGAAAAGAUUGGUAGGAGGACUGAUUUUAUUACCUCACCAGAGAUGGAAUCUUCUAGAUCAACUAACUCAUCCAACAAUCUAAUGAAGGGCACUGUGGAUGAUAUAGAUGCACCAAAUAGGUAUGUAAUUACAGUGUUUGCAUUGAGACUUCUUGAACACCAUCUGAAACAUAUCAAAGCGGAUAAGAAUGAUCAUCACAUAAUAUCCAUGUUAGAUCCCUUUUUGGAACUUCUACAUCAAUGUCUCAAAUCCAAAUAUGAAGGAGUUAUAUCACAGUCUGUAAAAUGCUUGGCUUUACUAUUGAGAUUCCACCUUCCAUCCAUAGACAUUCUUGGGGGAAACAUUACCUCGUUGGUUUUUGAUAUGGUUCAGAGAUCAGGAAAGAUUCAUAGUCCCUUGAUGCAGUCUUCCAUCAACUUACUUAUUGUGCUUUUAAGAUAUGCAAAUACAACCAUGUCAGAUGUUCAGUUAAAAAUGCUUCUACAGUCUCCAGUUUUCAUUGAUUUGGAAAGUAGCUCAAAUACCAUUGCACUGUCACUUUUAAAGGCAAUUAUUGGGCGGAAGCUCAUGGUUCCAGAUCUUUAUGAUUUGAUAACUAGAGUUGCACAUCUAAUGGUCACUAGUCAAAUUCAACCUAUCCGCAAGCAAUGUAGUCAAAUUCUAUUAAAGUUUCUCCUUGACUAUCCUCUUGGUGAGAAGCGUUUGCAGCAACAUAUAGAUUUUUUGGUUGCAAAUCUCAGCUAUGAACACACAUGUGGCCGAGAAGCUGUGUUAGAAAUGUUACAUGUGAUCAUUCAGAAAUUUCCGAGUAAUGUGGUUGAUGAACAAGCAGAAACCUUUUUUCUCCCAUUAGUGGCACGUUUGGUUAAUGAUAAUGACAAGGGUAUUCGGGCUAUGGUAGGAUAUGUCUUGAAAGAAUUGAUUGGUCGUGUGAGUCAGCGGCCGUUGCAACGGAUGCUAACAUUUGGUCUCUUGUGGUAUAAGGGUGAGAAGAAACAGCUAUGGUGUCCUGCUGCACAGGUUUUAGGUCUCUUGAUAGAAGUGAUGAAGAAAAGUUUUCAGGCACAUGUUGAAGAUGUGAGAUCUAGAGCAAUUGACAUCUUAAAAUGUGCAGUUGCUGCAGCUAGUAAUGAAAAAUCUGAGGCUGCUGAUAUUGAAAUGCUGGCUUUUUGGCAAGAGGCAUAUUAUUCACUCAUCAUGUUGGAAAAGUUGCUACAUCAAUCUCCCGAAAUUUCCUUACACAAAGACUUUGAGGAAAUAUGGGACUUGAUUUGUUCGCUUCUAGUUCAUCCACAUGUGUGGUUGCAAAAUAUUUCUGGCCGUCUUAUAGCUAUUUACUUCUCUACUUGUGGAUCUGAAGUAGUUACAAAGAGCCAGGCAAAUGGAAAAACUGCAAUGCUUUUACAACCAAGCAGGCUCCUACUACUAGCUGCAUCUUUUUGUCAUCAACUUGACAUGGACAUGGAUCUUCUUGAUAACUGCAUGGGUGAUAUGAGUAUGGUUGUUGAAAAUCUUGUAUAUGUCACCUGUGCCCUGUAUUCCUUUGUGAAAAGCAGGCCACAAGUAGAUCUGAAGGAUUUCUUUUCUACCCUUGAUGCACACAAUCAGUCACUUAUAAUGGAGGCACUAGCAUUGCUUGGUUCAAAAACUUGUACAAAGGUUUGUGCCUGUUUGCUUUCUAGAGAGAAGAAGGAUGUUUCUGAACUUGAGGACAAAAAUGAAUUUCAAGAUCUUGAAACAUCGUUAUAUGAACCCAUCUUUAAGAAGAUGGGAAAAAUCGCACGUCAAGCGAAAGAUUUACAGACUAAGGCCGUCUUCAAGUGGUAUAAAGCUAUUUCCACUCAUCAGGGCCAUGAAGGAAUCCAACGCUAUGGAUCAACAAUAUUACUACCAUUGUAUAAGAUCAUAGAAGGUUAUGCAGGGAAUGUGGUUUCUGGGAACUUGAAGCUAUUGGCGGAGGAAGUUCUGAACCACAUGAAAGAUAUCAUGGGGGUUGAGGGUUUUGUGCAAGCCUAUAAUUUAGUGAGGCAGAAAGUCAAGGCAACCCACAGCAAGAGAAAGCAAACAGAAAAAGUUUCUGCACUUGUUAACCCAAUUCGGCAUGCACAAAAGAAGAGAAAGUUAGCAGUGAAACGCCAAGCUCAGAAGAAACGAAAGGUCAUGAAAACCAGGAUGCAGAGAAGCUGAAGCGUUGUAACAUUGUUAUGCUGGUCACCAUCUACUUGCUUCUCUUGGGCUUGGAGAACGUAGGAUUUCUUGUUGUAGAAAGUGUGGAUGCAGGAAGACUUUCUUUGAAGAAGCUUGAUUCAAGCUCACAUGUACCAUUGUAGGAGUAAUUCAUUUCAGCAGCUUCUACCUAGUUCUAUUAUCAAGAAUAUAAACACCUAUAAUUUUCAUAGGUGUUAGGUAGCAUGGUGGAGCAGCUUUAAAUUUGUGUAAAUUGUGACUAAUGCAGGAUGACUCAUGUAUAUAUAUUUGUGUCACCUAUCACAGUCAUGCAGAAAUUUGAACUUCAAUAGGGUUUGUUCUUAGCAAUCUAGAACACCGAGUGUCAUCAGUUUUGCACAAAACAAUUUUCGGUCCAUUCCUUCGUAUAUUUAUUUCUUUUCCCUUUUCCUUGGAUACAUCAAAAAGUUCUUUCUGGCUACAAUUCUUUCAAUGUUUAGCUUGUCUUUGUAAUAUUUAUCUUUCAUAUCCAUGCAAAAUUGCAUA